AUGAGGAACAAAAAGAACGGGCCUCAACAUCGGGGAAAACCGUACUCGAACCCUCUUAAACAAUAUGGUAACUGCCAUGACAAUCAGAGGACUGCUGCUAGGGGAAUUGCAGGUGGUAGUGGUAGCAAACCCAAUACUUUCCCCACUCAGAUCACUUGCUACAGAUGUAAGAAGCCAGGGCACAUCUCCUCAAAUUGCCCUGAUAAAGGCAUAACAUGUUUUAAUUGUAGACAAAAAGGGCAUUUUCAGAGAGAUUGUCCACAUCCCAAGAGGGAGCAAAAUGGUGGGGGCCUGAAUGACCAAACUGGACAUCCAAAGGCCACUGGAAGAGUCUUUACCCUUAACGAAACCCCAACUAGUGGUUCUGUGUUAACUUCUGAUGUGUGUUUGGACUGUCCUGUGGAAAUUUCUGGUAGAACAUUCUUGAUUGAUUUGAUUUGUUUGCCUUUGAGCCAAAUUGGAGUUAUUAUUGGUAUGGACUGGUUAUCUUCCAACCAUGUCUUGUUAAACUGUUUUGAUAAAACUGUAGCGUUUGAUGAUUCUGGAGGGAGUAAGGAUAUGAUGUUUAUCUCUGCCAACCAAGUUGUGACAUCUUUAAAAGAAGAUGCUCAAGUGUACAUGAUCUUGUCUAGCCUGGGAAUAAAGACAAAGGUUUCUAUGUGUGACCUCCCUGUUGUCAGAGAGUUUCCUAAAGUGUUUCUUGAGGAUAUAUCCGGUUUGCCACCGAGAGAGAGAUAUAGUUUUCCAUAG